UCUAAUUCUAACGCAUUGCCAAGAGCAACUUCCAUCGCUGCUUUUCUUCUGCCCUCUCAGCACAUGCAUGUGCAUUUCUCCUCGCUCCCGGUGCUUUCUCUCUGCUCCAUUAUUGCGUGCCCCGCAAGCUACUCAACCUUCCUUCAAUAACUUAUCUUUUCUCGUAAUGGUCUUACUUCAAAACCUUAACAACAGUAGUGAAACUGAAACAGCAACUCACCUCUCUUCUUCUCAUUACGAUGACGACCCCACCGACACCACCGAAACGCCGCGUUUCAGUGAGGACUUUGAUUCCAGCUGCUCCACUCCCUAUGUUAGUGCACCUUCAAGCCCCGGCCGUGGCCCCACCUCGGGGUACUUCUUUAGCGCGCCGGCAAGUCCCAUGCAUUUCGUGCCAUCUUCUGCUCCCUUCGUCACGUGUCAUCUUUCGUCCGAGUCCUCGUUAAUGUCGGCACAAUCUGAUGCGUCGUCUUUCGAAUUCGAUUUCGCGUCUCGCUUCUCUAGCAGUGGUUCUGUUGUCGUUGGAUCCAUGAGUUGGGCUGAUGAGUUGUUCUUGAACGGCCAGAUCAGGCCAAUGAAGCUCUCCUCUCACCUGCAAAAACCUCAGAUCCUAGCUCCUUUAUUAGAUCUAGACGUCGAAGACGACGACGUGGAGUUGAAAAACGACGACGGUUUAAACAUCCGGGAAUCUUCACGAGGAAGAGACCUGAAACUCCGAAGCAGAUCUCUUCACAGAAAGGUGAGAUCAUUAUCACCGCUUCGAAACGCAGAGUUUCAAUGGGAAGAAAAAGAGUGUAGCAAAGAACAAAGAGAAGAUAGCCAACGCAUUUUGGAAGGUUUGAAAGAAACUGUCACUUCAAAUGAAACAACGACGUCGUGUUCUGCCUCUUCAUCAAGAUCCUCAUCUUCCGGCGGAAACUCCAAAAAAUGGAUAUUCUUAAAAGAUCUUUUGUAUCGAAGUAAAAGUGAAGGGAGAGGAAAUGGGAAGGAAAGGUUUUGGACUUGCAUUUCUUUCUCUCCAUUAAAAGAAAAGAAGAUCCAAACUCACGAGGAAAAGGGACCUCCUUCGAAGCCGAAACAAAAGGAAAACAAACAAGGAGUACUGGGUAAGAAAGUGAGUUCACCGAAGCCAGCAAAUGGGGUAGCAAAACGACGGGUGCCUCCGUCGCCGCACGAGUUGCUCUACACGACAAACAGAGCUCAUGCUAAGGUAAUGAGGAAGAGGACUUAUUUGCCUUACAGACUAGGAUUAUUUGGGUGCUUACGCUUCAGUUCAAAAGGCUACGGAGCGCUUAGCGGACUCGCCAGGAGUUUGAAUCCAGUCUCGUCCAGGUAGGU